UUCGAAUUGGAGCUUUUUUUUUCCAACCGUUUUGAAUGAAACUCGGCCUGUGUUCACCAUGACAACUUCGGAUAACCAGAAUGAGACUCAGUCCAGACUCUAUUUCCUCAACGAACAGUUACAGAAAAUGGUCCAAGAGUUACCCAGAAAGUACCAGCAGCGCAUACCCAAUGAACUUCUGUGCGAACUUACUGAAUGUCUGUUGGACAAAACGCUGUAUUCAAUCGUCAAGGAACUGACAGAUAUUCAGCAUGUUACAGAGAAACAAAUGUUUCAAAAACGAUUAGAAAUGAUCAAUAAACAUUCCGUCGUCAUACAAAAACUACUGAAGUCGGAUAUAGUCCAGCCAGGCAAGACCGAAAUGAGACUAAAAUUGCAAGCAGAGCACAGAAGAAACUUGAGAGAAUUCGAUAAGAGGAUAGUGACUGAACUUGACGAAAAGCGACGAGAGCAACAGAAUACAUUGCACAUGGCUGGUGUACCAGGAUUUGAUGUCACAGAUGAUGCUGGUCGUAUUCAAGUACAGAUACGUUUAUGUGAUUUCAUCAUAAGACUGAGCCUAAUUGACGUUUAAAAAAUAAAAACAAUAUUGCACAGGAAAAAUUUUAAUUUUACUAAAAAGAAAAAUAUUGUCCUAAAUCAUUGAUUAAUCCCACUUAAAUAUGCAUAUUUCAAAAUUGUAAUAAAUUAAUAAUUAAGUUAAAAAUAAAUAAAUAAUAAUAAAAAAAAAA